CCCGGCCUGGGGACUUGUUUCAAAACCGGAUUCCCCCACCUCUCAAACACACGCUCCUACCCCAAUCCUGGCAAAUCCAGCCGGCUCCGGGGGCCCCACCCCGGACCCUGGGGGUUCAGGGGCGCUGGCUGGGCUGGGGGCCGCUGGCUGGGGGUUACCGAGCCCAGGGCGCCUUGCACUUGGCGCUGGAAGCGCCCUAGGGUAUCUUUCCUCACCGCUUCCCGCCUCCUCCCCCAAUGGAUGCGGAUGUCCUCCUGGAGGCCUGCUGUGCAGAUGGACAGCGAAUGGCCACUAAUCAGAAGGACUGCUCGCUGCCAUAUGCCACGGAAUCCAAAGAAUGCAGGAUGGUACAGGAGCAGUGCUGCCACAGCCAGCUGGAGGAGCUGCACUGUGCCACGGGCAUCAGCCUGGCCAACCAGCAGGACCACUGUGUCGCGCCCCGUGGUGACAACGCUAGCCUGGAGGCCACGUUUGUGAAGGUGAGAGCCAAAGACCGUGUGGGGUCGCUGCCCGUCCUCACUAGUCGGCAGACCCAGGCCCUCCCAGCCGAGCGACACUUCCUGUCAGGGACCCAGACGGGAUCCUACCCUGAAGAUAGGUGUUUGGAUAAAUGUUUGACUUGGUCUUUUUCCCCCUUAGAUAAGAUCACUGAGGUGCAGGAGGAACAAGAGGACCCAUACCUGAAUGACCGCUGCCGAGGAGGCGGGCCCUGCAAGCAGCAGUGCCGAGACACGGGUGACGAGGUGGUCUGCUCCUGCUUCGUGGGCUACCAGCUGCUCUCUGAUGGUGUCUCCUGUGAAGAUGUCAAUGAAUGCAUCACCGGCAGCCACAGCUGCCGGCUUGGAGAAUCCUGCAUCAACACAGUGGGCUCUUUCCGCUGCCAGCGGGACAGCAGCUGCGGUACUGGCUAUGAGCUCACCGAGGACAAUAGCUGCAAAGAUAUUGACGAGUGUGAGAGUGGUAUUCAUAACUGCCUCCCCGAUUUUAUCUGUCAGAAUACUCUGGGAUCCUUCCGCUGCCGACCCAAGCUACAGUGCAAGAGUGGCUUUAUACAAGAUGCUCUAGGCAACUGUAUUGAUAUCAAUGAGUGUUUGAGUAUCAGUGCCCCGUGCCCUACCGGGCAUACAUGCAUCAAUACGGAGGGCUCCUACACGUGCCAGAAGAACGUGCCCAACUGUGGCCGUGGCUACCAUCUCAACGAGGAGGGAACUCGCUGUGUUGACGUGGACGAGUGCGCACCACCUGCCGAGCCCUGUGGGAGGGGGCACCGCUGUGUGAACUCUCCCGGAAGUUUCCGCUGCGAGUGCAAGACGGGUUACUAUUUCGACGGCAUCAGCAGGAUGUGUGUGGAUGUCAACGAGUGCCAGCGCUACCCCGGGCGCCUUUGUGGCCACAAGUGCGAGAACACGCUGGGCUCCUACGUCUGCAGCUGUUCCGUGGGCUUCCGGCUCUCUGCAGACGGCAGGUCGUGUGAAGACAUCAAUGAGUGCAGCAGCAGCCCGUGUAGCCAGGAGUGUGCCAACGUCUACGGCUCCUACCAGUGUUACUGCCGGCGGGGCUACCAGCUCAGUGAUGUGGACGGAGUCACCUGUGAAGACAUCGACGAGUGUGCCCUGCCCACCGGGGGCCACAUCUGCUCCUACCGCUGCAUCAACAUCCCUGGGAGCUUCCAGUGCAGCUGCCCCUCGUCCGGCUACAGGCUGGCCCCCAACGGCCGCAACUGCCAAGACAUUGAUGAGUGUGUGACUGGCAUCCACAACUGCUCCAUCAAUGAGACCUGCUUCAACAUCCAGGGCGGCUUCCGCUGCCUGGUCUUCGAGUGCCCUGAGAACUAUCGCCGCUCCGCAGCCACGCUCCAACAAGAGAAGACAGACACGGUCCGCUGCAUCAAGUCCUGCCGCCCCAACGAUGUCACGUGCGUGUUCGACCCCGUGCACACCAUCUCCCACACCGUCAUCUCGCUGCCCACCUUCCGCGAGUUCACCCGCCCUGAAGAGAUCAUCUUCCUCCGGGCCAUCACGCCACCGCAGCCUGCCAGCCAGGCUAACAUCAUCUUUGACAUAACGGAAGGGAACCUGCGGGACUCCUUUGACAUCAUCAAGCGCUACAUGGACGGCAUGACCGUGGGUGUUGUGCGCCAGGUACGGCCCAUCGUGGGCCCAUUUCAUGCCAUCCUGAAGCUGGAGAUGAACUAUGUGGUCGGGGGCGUGGUCUCCCACCGAAAUGUUGUCAACGUCCACAUCUUCGUCUCUGAGUACUGGUUCUGAGGCCUGGCCUGCAUCACAGCCACGGGUGCACCUCCAGGCCAAAUCAUUGCAGCCAGUGACUGUGGCCUGUGCUUGUUUGUACUCUCAGACUUGUUUAAUGUUAGGCAUUUGUUUGUAGCAUUAGGCCAAUAUGUAUUAAGCUGAGCCAGAUGAGUAAGUCCAUCUGACGUAUUUUUGGUGUUUAAAAAAUGAGUCCAACUGCUCAACUGUUUGGUUGAAAACCUUGCUCAUUUUUUAAUGCAAAGGCUAAGUGUCGCCCCCUUUCUCUGCCUCUGGGCUGGGCCUUGCUAAGGGCCAAGGAAAGAAAGACAUUUUUUAGGGGGCAGCCAGUCCAAAUGCCAGAAGAAGACCAGUUCUUGCCCUGAUUGUAUGAAAUUUGACAUUUUGGUACUUUUUUUUUUUUUUUUGGCCAAUCAGAUUUUCUGUGUUCUAAGGACAUGGCUGCUGUAGAAUAGCACAGAAGUGGACGAUACAUUCUCCCCAGAAGCAGCGUGACCGAAUGCCGCGGGGAGCACUUGGAAGGGAAAUUGCAGUUCUGUUGAAAUAGAGGAAAAUCCCUUGCUAAAGACGCAGCCUGUUAGGCUCGUGUGGGGCUCCAGUACGUUCACCAGGGGAAUGGCUGGGAUUUCUCGGCACUCUGCAUCAUCCAUCUUUUCUUAUAGGUGGGGAAAUAAACAACUUUGUGAUCCUCCUGA